GCAUUUUCGAUUGACUGCAGGAACACUGACAGGAGCAUUCCACAGGCUCAACUCCUCUAACGGCACAACAGAAACUGGAUUUUGCAAAGUACACUGAGAAGCUUCUUUUUAUAAAUCACUUCUGAGAACAUCUGAAAGAUUUUAUUUUAUCUUCAACUGUGUUUGCAAUUAUUUAAAGAAGCAUGUGCACGGGAGGCUGUGCCAAGUGCCUGGGAGGUACUCUCAUCCCCCUGGCCGUGCUUUGCACCCUUGCUAACAUUUUGUUGUUUUUCCCUGGAGGAAAAGUGGCUGAAGACAGUACACACAUUACAGAUGAAGUUUGGUACUUUGGAGGGAUCUUGGGAUCAGGCAUAUUGAUGAUCUUCCCUGCCUUGGUAUUUUUGGGCCUUCAGAAUAAUGAUUGCUGUGGAUGCUGUGGGAAUCGGAGCUGUGGAAAGAGGUUUGCGAUGUUUUCUUCUAUAAUAUUUGCUGCCAUUGGAGUCCUGGGAGCUGGAUACUGCUUUAUUUUGUCAGCAGUAGCCCUAAACAAGGGCCCUAAAUGUCAAAGUGGAAAAGAAUGGACCUACCCUUUCCAGGCUGGGGAUUACCUUGCUGACCACACCUUGUGGGUGAAGUGUACAUCACCUGAUAAUAUUGUCCCAUGGCACCUGACCCUCUUCUCCUUGCUGCUGGUCAUGAGCGGGAUCCAGGCAGUGCUCUGUGGCAUCCAGGUGGUGAACGGCCUCUUCGGGACCAUCUGUGGGGACUGCAAAUGCUGUGGAUGUUGUGGGGGAGAUGGAACUGUCUAAUGAAUAGGAAUGUUGCAGACAACCUCUCUCCAGGGAGAAUCCCUUCUGCAGCUGCUCCACAAAGCAGCCCUCAGAUGCACUGGCUCUGGCUAAGAAGAUGAGAAUGAAGGGCUCCUCCUAUCACCAGUGUUAUGAAGCCCCGACUCCCUUUCCAGCCCUCGUGAAAUCCCUCAUCAUGGAAUAAAAUAAGUGAAAUACAACUCUCACAUUUAUAUUUAUUUUUGUAAAACAGCUUCCAUUUAAAAAGAGGGUAUUCUCAGGCAAGACACAAAUUUGGGUUCCAAUUUUAUUCAGGUCAGUUAAGUAGCUUGUAAAUCCUCAAAGCUUGCAAUCUAUACAUGAGCACAAAUGCUGUUUAUUAAUCUCUUUGUAUAAGUUCAAUUUAGCUGUAUUUGGCACAGUACUAUGAAAGAGAGAGGAAAGACAAUAGAGAGUUAGCUCAAAGGCAAAAGUACCUUUUGGAAAGACCUUUUAAAACUUUAAAAGAAAAAGCUUCUUCCCGAAGGAAUCAAGGAGAAAACAGAAGGGUUUGGAGACAUUUGAGGGAUUCACAUAAACUAAUUUGCUUCUUCAAAAAAAUUCUGAAACAAAUUUUCACAUACCAGCUUGCCAGGCUGGAUGUCUCAACGCUUCUCAAUAUUGGCCAUAUCUGUUUCCUAAAAUUUUACUGCUGAAAAAAUGAUUCUGUGGCCUGUGCUUCCAGAAAAUGUAUGCCAUGUACUGUGUAUUUACACUAGGAGAUAUCUGAAGAAUCCAGAAUUACUUGAAAGCACUAUGCAGAAAUGUUAAACAGUUCAAUAUAGGUACUGAGAAUUAUGUUGUACAAGAUGAUAAAUUACAAAAAAAAACCCUUUUCAGAAACAGCUGUCUGUUCCACCUGUUCUACUGCAUUGCCCAGGAACUUGAGAGCACCCUUUAAUUCAACACACACUGUGCAACCAUCUCACAUCUAUUAUUUCAUCUGUGGUGACAGCUGUCCUGCACCUCAUCUCACAUUUGUCCUGUUUGAUUUUUAUGAUGCCUUUGGGAACAAGGAAUGUUUCUCAUCAGCAUUCAACAAAGGGAUGGGUAGCUGCAUAGCACACAGCUUUGAUAUAUCUAUCAAUAAAUAGAGUACAUAAAUCUUUGUGGGAGAUGGGAUAAGAAAUAACAGGCAGCAAGCUAUGAUACCUAAAACCAUAAUCAAUGAGCUCCUGCUUCUAAGAGACACCCAGCUACAUGAUGGCUUUCUAAUAUGAGCUAAUAUAUAACUGAUAUUGACACAAGGCCCACACAUUUAAUCUUGUGAUCCAGACUGCAUUCACACCUUGGCCUUCAGGUGUACUGAAAAAGGGUAAAUGAGCCAGAACCAACGGCCCAGCUGAACUCACACUUUGAAGUGCCAACAAUGAUGUUUCAAAAAUCUAUUCAGUUAACAUCUGAGCCUCUCCCCUAGCAGUGACGUUCAAGCAAAUCUCACAUCUGUAGUGUCAAUUCUGCAGUAAGUGGAGAUUGUUCUGUGUUUUUACUCAGCAGAGCAUCCAGAAAAAUGAAGGAGAGGGAUUAAUCCUAGAACCUCAUAACAGAGAAUGAUGUAAAAAGCCAGCAUUAAUUCUUGAAAAGAAGGCACAGAUAGAGCGCAGCACUAGGAAGGGACAGAAAGAUGAUGGUAAGAAAGAAGCCACAAGCAAGGAUAACUGAAAGUGUUAACAGACCACAGGAACCCUGACCAACUUAAAGAUCACAUUGUGUUACAGUGUGUAGAAAUAUGAACAUACACUACGACAGAAGUAAAAAUAGUAGCCAAAAGAAAGAAUAUUAGUAUUCUUUGUAAAAUCUCAGAAAUACCCAUGCUGGCUGAAGCUUCAUUAUUCACCCAUUAGGAGUGCCUGCUGGGUGAGCAGGGUGCUGAGAGCAUGGCAAAUUCAACACUGAAUGGCACUGUUUUAGCUGAGAGCUAUCAUAAAAGGAUACACAUUGGUUAUCUAACAACUCAGAUUACAACAUGUGGAGUAUGAGCAUGUGAUUUUGAGCCCAUGCACUUCAGUGGGACAAAACUGAUUAAGCCCCUGCACAACUGAACUACAUACAGUUAGUUCUCUUUUUUGGUUGUCUUCAAUAAAUAGACUGCAGACAAAUGAUACAUUCACCACAGGACAGUGUCACCUUUCGGGGAAUGAUGCAUUAACUGGAGACUCUUUGCAAAAGGUUCAGCUCUAAAGGAGGGAAGUAACAUAUACAAUGUUGAAAAAUUAUUUGCUCAGCCCAGAACAAGGGAUGUUUCCUCACAGCAUUCCAGUCUUGAAUGUCCACCACCUGUCUCCAGUUCAGCUUCAGCUCCCUCUUCAUCAACUGUACAUCACUCACAGUAUAACCAGUGGCAAGGCAAACAAUGCCAAACCACGGAGACAUUCCAGCUGUCAGAGGGUGGGAAGGCUGGCUUCUUCCAUUAUCCUGACAUGGGUGGGGUCUUUGCCCCCAUAUUUUAAUUCAAAUGUAUAUUGAAUUGAAUAUACAUAUUGAAUAUGUAUAUACAUAUAUGAAUAAUUGACUAUACAAUAUAAAAUUGAAUAUUUUAAUUCAAAAUGCAUGCCUUUUCUACAGAAUAGUAUGUCUGCACCUUUAUUCUAAGCAGUGUUUUACCGUUCCCUGGGAAGCCCAUACUAAAACCCUCAAAGCCCCCCCUCCCGUAAAGAAAUUAUUUUAAAUAACCAAUAUGCAUCCAAAAUCUUUUAAGUUCAUUUGUAUUUUUUCAUGUAAAAGAUCAAAGAAAUAAUUAAAUUUUAAAAAAAACAACAAAACAGAAUCAAACCCAGGAUACAACAGUUUGAUCUGAUUGCCUCUAGUACAAUGUAUUGCAAGGUACUAAAAAUUAAAAAUAAAUGCUCACACAAGUCAUAUAAAAAUGAAAAAAGUAAAUAAAAUAGUUAAAGAACUAGCAUGUACAUGGUUGUAUGUAUUAGGAAACAAUUUUAUUUGGACAACCACCCACAUUUUCCUGUAAUUAAAAUAGAGAUUUAAAUCCUUCCUUUCCCCCAAACAGCAUUUGUUGACAAAAAGUCAAACCCAAUCCCUCCCCAAGUUACAUUCUAACAGGAUUACCAGAAUACAAACUGUAAUUAACCAUGUCACAUUACUUCUGUAUCAUCAAGACUUACACAUUCCCCCUCAGGAAUGGUCACAGCAAAAUUGUCCAGCUGGCACAUUGGUUGUAUUUAUACUACAAGUAGACAGUGUACAAUUUAGUACAGUAAAUGCUCAAAACCUGAAAUAGUACAGUAAAAUAUUGUCAACAAUAAAUUUAUUUUCAUAUUACAUACGCUUUGAAUACUGAAAAAUUCUGCCAUGAGCCUGUUUAAAGCCAGAAACUCUUUUAAAAGGUAACUUUGAAAAAUAGAUUUUAUUGUCAUUGCACUUCAUCAGAUACAUUAUCUCCGUAACAAAAAUUAAAAGCUGACAGUGUAAAGAAUCACUUUUAAUUUAACCAAGAUUUGUUUCAUGACUGAGUAAAGAUCUAACCUAAGAUUCUGGCAGUUGUUUCAGCCUGGAGUGCUGCCCCACACAGUACCUUCCUGUUUCAGAUCUGGUUUAUUAGGCAAGUAACACAGAAACACAGUUUAUGAUUGCUUUAUCCUUUUAAGGUCUUUGCACCAAGACACUCAAGCACCAGAAAUACAAAUAAAAAAGGAAUCAG